AUGUCGUUCUCCUCUCCCUUGUCGCCAGCCCUUGGGGACGAAGCCACCGGUCUUACACGCGAAGAAUACAAGAUCAAAGCACUUGACGGAACCGAGAUGUCUCUGUGGAGAAUUGCUACUCGCAGCGCCGCCGCCACUGAGACUCCGAAGCCAGCCCUGCUCCAUAUCUCUAGUAGUCUUAGCUCAAUCCGCGAAGUCAUGAGAGUUGGCGGCGGCAACAUGGACCUCGACACUCUCAACCGCGUCAUCAUCGAUGGGCUCGGAACAAAGCCAUUACACGACACGGGGAUCGUCCUCUUGACAGUCAUGGCCCGUCCUGGGCAGCCGUCGCCAUUCUCGGGCCCGGUGGCGGAUGUGUAUGCGGCCUACGAAUACGCAGUCACUCAUGCCGACGACCUCCGCAUCCAGCCUCACAACAUUGCCAUGUCGGGUCAGUACACCAGCGGCCAGUUCGUGUGGUCGGCCACCCACAUUGCCAUCGAACUCGGCUUGCCUGCCCCGUGCGGUGUCAUGGUCCUCAACCCGGAUCUUAAUCCGGAGGUGAACUGGGAGACGAAACUGGGACACUGGGAGAGGAUACUGGGAUUUGAGACAGGGUCCUUGACUCGCCUCGACGAACAGCGCGAGCGGGCUGUCCACGACUGGCUGAAGACAAACUGGGAUGUUGCCUUGCGCCGGAUCGACUUCACCUUGUUUCCCGACAUCGUUCGAAAGUACACGGGACUGUUGCAGCUGCCACGCGAGGACCUUAGUCGACUACCCCCCAUGUUCGUGGACGUCGGAUACUAUUGGAACCGCUGCCGAGAGGUGCGUCAGGCGCGCGCGAUGUUGGCCGAAGCUGGCGUCGAAGUGUUUGGGUUUGACCAACAGCCGAUAGAGUUCGAGCAAUUCAUGCAAGGUGACCCGGGCUGGUACAGAGUUCACAACGGUACGCGCUUGGUGCAAGAGAAGAGAUGGGAGUCCAAGCGCCAGUUCUUCCAGAAGAUCUGGAAGAAUUGA